AUGUCCAAUCAGUUGCAAUCGCAGCAACAAGUAUCACAACUUGAAGUCCAAGCUCAGGCAAAUGCAGGUCAGGAAGUGCUCGCCGUCGCUUGUGUCAUCGAUGCCUCUCUAGCGCUCGCUACAGAAUGGAACCGUGUGUUCACAGCGUACAUCCUACCUAUUCUCAAGCGUCUGAAUGAAGCAUACAGCGGGCAUAAUUUCCGACUAGCUUUAGUGACGUAUGGCGCUGCGGAUACAUAUCCCAAUCCGCUGCUAUCAAAACGUUUCUUUCUCUCCCCGAAUUCCGUGAUGAAGGAAUUGCGCGAGGAUCCCUGGAAGCUGGGAAUUGGCUCCGUGAUCGGUGUAAGGGGGCUAUCCGCCCUGGAAGGAAUGGUUGCUGCUAUCGAGUUCUUUGACAUCUUGCAUAACACGCUCGCCUUGGCUGGUCCGAAGGAUGGUCGAAUACACGUAUCACAUAUAAUACAUAUCGCUGGAAGUCCACCCGAUUCUGCGCAAAGGCCCGCAUGGAAUACCCUUCCGCAUCUCGACUCAGUAUCAUGGGACACGCUACCAGUAGAACUCAAGAAGAGAAAAAUCAAUUUGAGUCUUGUCACACUACAACAAAUACAACAGUUCCAGGAUGUUCAGUCUGCUACCUCAAUACCAACUCCACAAACCAAUCCCUGGUUCACUGUCUACGCACCGCAUAUACUCAUGCUUUCUGGAUUUCCCCCACUAUCGCAUGUGCAAACCCCAAAACUCAGUGAGCUUUCGCGGACAACCUCCCUCCCAUUCCCGCGCUCACAAAUUCCAGACGCUGCCAAGCGUUCAAACGAGUCUCCUCAAACACCGGAUACUAAACGUCAGAGGGUCAGCGAGAAAAGCUCACCAGCACUUAGCCCGCGUCCUCCUGGGGGAGGCGCCGGUCCAGCAGGCCAGAGACCACCUUCUCGACAGGUUCCUACACCUUCUGUCCCACCUUCUGCCCUACCUCCUCAAACACAUCCGCAAUUGCUCCAGCCUUCCCCCAUACCGCCGCACGCAACCACGACACCUACACCUAGCCCUGCAAAACCCUCUACAGCACCCGUCACACACCCACCCUCCAAUGCUCCCCUCACGCAGCACACAUCCCACCCUCACGUCAACAUAAUAGUCGAGCGUGGUAAAGCUCUCGAAGAAGCACAAUCUGCCGGGAAUGUUGUAGAUGUCGAGUCGCUUAAGACGGAUCGCAUGACGAAAUAUCAGCAGGCGAUGAAGAUCAAGGCUUUUUUGUACCAAAUGGUGAAUAGGCCUGCGAUAAGUGGUUCGAAUUUAGGUGCAGGAGGGUCGGGAGAAACGCCUCAGUCUCAGCCUCAGCCUCAAUUGGCGGCGAGCAACAAUAAGUCGGAGGAUGCAGCACCGCCAACGGUGUCUGUGUCGGUAUCUGCGCCUAUGGAGGAGCAGAAGCCGCCAGUCACAGAUCAGAAGCCACCGCUGACAGAUCAGCAGGCGCUAAUGCAUGUCAUGCAGGCGCGUUCGGGAACAACAGGAUUCCCGAGUCCAGAGCUCGCUGCGCAAAUGCAUAAGUUACUCAACAAGACUGGUAUUCAGGGACCAACCUUUUCCGGUUCACCUAAGCCCCGACCAGCCCAUCCGCCUGCCUCUGGAUCUAAUUCUCAACAUCAGUCUCAGCCCCAGGCCUCGACCUCGGCAACCUCAGGAAGGCCAAUGCAAUGGGAAGGCUCUUUCACCUUCACUAUACAGCAUGCUGGACAACCGAAGGGGUUCGAAGUGCAGGUGGCUGCCGUCAAUUACAAGGGUCAACUUCACACGGAAACAUGGCCUGAGAGAAUGUUCAUUAAUAUAUCACCAGAAGGACUGAAGGAUCCCUCAGAGUUGGGGUCAUGGCUUCGGAAACACAACCAAUCUGCUGUGAUGGUCCAGUUCAAGCCCCAAGCACGGAACUUUGAACAGAAAAUGAAUGACAUGUUUGGCAAAGUGGCAUGGCAACUUCCUUCUGGUCCUAUGUCACACAAUAUGAUCGUGUUUCCGAUGAAUAACGUGCUAGUAGGCGCAGUGUUUCCUCUUACUGGACUUCCAGAUCUGCCAGGCUCUAGCAAAGUCGACGCCCCAAAACCGCAAAUGCAAAUGCAGCCCCAACCACAACCGCAACUGCAACAACAACUGCAACAACAACCACAGCUACAACCCCCAGGCGUGCUCACCCCUGAGAUGCUGACACGACUUCAGGGUCUUGACCCGCAGCAGCAAAGGCACUUCAUGCAACAACUCGCACUACAACAGCAGGUCCGGCAGCGACAACGACAAAUACAGCAGCAGCAGCACCAACAACAGCAACUACAGACGGGGGCAAUGCAGCAGGAGGUACAAGCACCAGCACCUGGUGUGGGAAUGCAGAACAUGAUUGUUCUAUGGGUGGUGGCGGAGUACCGCAAAGGCAAAUCAGUGGGGGCAUGCAUCUUGGCGGUGUGGGGACGGUGA